ACCCUGGCUCCUGCCCAGCUCAGAACUCCACUAGAGGCCUCUGCAGCCAUCCCCACUGUGAGUCUGGUUGAUCUAAAGCAGGUUCCAGGAUGUCCCAGCAACACACUCUGCCAGUGACCCUGCCCCCUGCCCUCAGUCAGGAGCCCCUCAAGCCUGUUUCUCCACCCAUCGAUACCCAGCAGGAGCAAGUUAAACAGCCAACUUCACUACCAACCCUGUGCCAGAAGAUGCCUUCCAGGCUCCCAGGGGACGUCCCCCUGGAGCAUGAAAGGAAACACACAACUCUUCUGAAGGGGGUGCCUGAGCAACAAUGUGAGCCACAGCAGCAGGAACAGCAUCUGGAACAGCAGGAACAGCAGCAGCAACAAGAACCACAGGAACAAGAAGUGUGCCUGGGACAGCAGGAACAGCAACAGCAACAAGAACCACAGGAACAAGAAGUGUGCCUGGAACAGCAUCUGGAACAGCAGGAACAGCAGCAGCAACAAGAAUCACAGGGACAAGAAGUGUGCCUGGAACAGCAUCUGGAACAGCAGGAACAGCAGCAAGAGUCACAGAAGCAAGAACUUCACCUGGAACAGCAUCUGGAACAGCAGCAGCAGCAGGAGUCACAGAAGCAAGAACUGCACUUGGAAGAGCAUCUGGAGCAGCAACAGCAGGAGCUACAGGAGCAGGAAAAGCAUUUGGAACAGCAGCAGCAGCAGCAGCAAGAGUCACAGGAGCAGGAACUUCACCUGGAACAGCAUCUGGAACAGCAGCAGCAGCAGCAGGAGUCACAGAAGCAAGAACUGCACUUGGAAGAGCAUCUGGAACAGCAGCAGCAGGAGCUACAGGAGCAGGAAAAGCAUCUGGAACAGCAGCAACAGCAACAGUCACAGGAGCAGGAACUUCACCUGGAACAGCAUCUGGAACAGCAGCAGCAGCAAGAGCAGGAACUACACUUAGGACAGCAUCUGGAACAGCAGAAGGAGGAGCUACAGGAGCAGAAAAUACUGCAGCAGCAGCAAAAGGAACAGUGUGAGGAACAUCAGGAAGCAAAAAAUCUGGAGCAUCAGCUGGAGCAUGUAGAGCUGGAACAGGAAAAGAAGCUCUUGGACCAGCACCUGCAUCAAGAGCUAGCAAAGGGAAAUGAGCAACUGGAAAAGAAAAAAGAGCAGCUCCUGGAACAGCAGGAGCAGCGGCCAGAACUGGCAGAGCAGCAGGAGGGGCAGGUGGGGCAGCCUGCUUUUGUCCCCACUUCUGGCCAGGUCCAAGAGACCCAGCCAGUUCAGCCACUGAAGGGAGAAGUCUGAGCCCUCACAGAGCAGCAACAACAGAAGCAGGGGGUGCAUGGCCCCCCAAAACAUAAGUAGGCAUGCACAGUAUCCCAGAGGCUCUCAGGAUAUCCCACACAAGUGAAGAGAGAGCCAGUGGCCUCGCUAAUCUCAGGUCCCCAGCCUGGGUGGCCUGCCACAUCUGUGAACCUGUCUGACCUGUCCUCCUAUUUCUUUGAUGGGGCUAGGGGAAGGGGAAGUUAUUGUCCAGAACCCAGCCCUAAUGAGCUCAGUCCCAACCUCAUGUGGCCAGAACCUCUGCUUGAGGAGACAGUUACUACACUAACUCUGACUUCAUCCCCAGUAUUAUAGUUGAAUCUCUAAGUGUGUACAAUAAUACGGAAUAAAUCCUGGAAGUCCUGGGAUCCUG